AUGAGACUGAGCAGACCGUCACGACUCGACGAUCAAGGCUUGUUGCCGCUGAUCAUCGUGCUACUCAUCACAAUAAUCUGCUGUGUCCCAGUGCAGGCUGACCACAGCCACUUCCAUCAUCGGCAUCUUCACCACAAGCGCGACAAUCAUAAGAACACGACCGAUGAUGAAAAUGCAUUGCUACAGGUGAAAAAUGCCCUUGCAGUCCUAAGAGAAGUCAACAAACAUCGAACCGAGUACCCAAAUUUCAACCAGAAGGCCUUUUCCGAAUCUCGCAAUGGAACAAGAGAACCCGCGCAGCCCUUGGACUAUAGCCCUGACGCUAUCAAGACCGCACGUCUUCAGGCGAGAGAUUCUUCUGCCAAUGAAACGAGCGGGAAUCGCCCUUAUCUCAUCCCGCCGGAGCUAGCGAAGGCAGCUCGGAUCGUGGCUGAAUCCACCGUCAACAAACCAACAGGCGAUCAGCCCCAGGUUGCUGCAGAAAUCAGAGAAAAAUAUGGCAAAGGACAAAGACAUACAAACACUCCUCCACAAGCCUUGGUCAGAUCAAAUGGUUUAUACAACUAUCUGGCAUUUGGAAGUGGCGGCGAUACGAGUGACAUAAAUGACAACAAGACCAUCCAAGAGCAGAUUCAAAAACGGGACGGCACGUCUAAGUAUUGGAUGGCCUCGGUCAACCAGAAUGGUCAAAGUCCGUUUGCUUCAAGUGGUUACAAGGUCUGGCGAAAUGUCCGAGACUACGGUGCUGUUGGCGAUGGCGUCACAGAUGACACAGAGGCGAUCAAUCGGGCUAUUUCCGAUGGAGGGAGAUGUGGCGUCAACUGUGGUUCAAGCACCAUCUAUCCCGCUACAGUUUGGUUUCCUGCUGGCACGUACCUUGUCAGCUCGCCGAUCAUCCAAUACUACAACACGGAGUUUCUGGGAGAUCCCUUAAACGUGCCAACUAUCCUUGCAGCCUCUAGCUUCGUCGGGUUGGGUGUCAUCACAUCGGACGUCUACGUUAGCGACAACGGGGGAUGGUAUGUCAACCAGAACAAUUUCUUGAGAAGCGUACGGAACUUCAGGAUCGACAUUCGUCCGACCGACCCUUUAGCCUACAUUUGCGCCAUUCAUUGGCAGGUGGCUCAAGGAACUUCCCUUGAGAACAUUGAGUUUUACAUGCUGUACAACUCAGACGUUCUCAGCAACACGCAACAAGGAAUUUACAUGGAGAACGGCUCCGGUGGCUUCCUAGCAGACCUCACCUUUGUUGGUGGCAACUUUGGUGCCUAUUUUGGAAACCAGCAAUUCACCUCAAGUCAGCUCGUCUUUGUCCAGUGCAAUACAGCACUUCAGGUUCACUGGGAUUGGGCAUGGACUAUGCAGGAUUAUGUCAUUGAGUCGUGCACAAAUGGAUUGACCAUCGUUGGAGGAGCAGGCGGUCCCGGGAGUACCGGACAAGGUGUUGGCUCUCUGGUCCUGGCCGAUGCUAUCAUUGCAAACACACCCAAUGGUAUCAUAACGUCUCUCUAUGCGGAGAAUUCAACGUCUCUCUUCCUGAAGAAUGUGGGAUUCUUCAAUGUCAAAACCGCCAUCAUAGACUCUGUCAAAAACCAAGUCCUUCUGGCGGGAGGAAAUGAAGUUCUCAAAGAUGCCUGGGGCUUUGGGAUGAUCACUGAUGCGGGAGGCCAGGGAUCCUUUGUCUCCGGGCAAGAUAUCCUUAAAGGGAACAUGGAUGACACACUGCUGGGAACUCAAGCUUAUGUCAAGUCCAAUCUGUUCACACGUCGCCGACCACAAUAUGAAUCUCUCACGGCACGCGACAUCGUCAAUGUCAAGGAUUUUGGCGCAAAGGGUGACGGGACUACUGAUGACACCGUGGUACUCAACAACAUCCUCUCCUACGCGGCCAACCUUUCUUCGGUUGUCUACUUCCCUUUCGGCGUCUACAAAAUUCAUGAUACGCUACGGGUUCCGGUCGGCUCACGCAUCAUCGGGCAGGCUUGGUCACAGAUCAUGGCGACAGGCGCACAGUUUUCUGAUGUCGAUAAUCCCCACGUGGCUGUUCAAGUCGGAGCCAAAGGCGACGUUGGCAUUGUCGAGAUCCAAGAUAUGCUUUUCACUGUCUCUGGUCCUACGGCUGGUGUGGUUCUUGUGGAAUGGAACGUUGAGCAGUCCGUUAAAGGAUCUGCUGCAAUGUGGGACUCCCAUAUUCGCAUUGGGGGAGCCAUCGGAUCCCAGCUCCAAAAGGCCCAAUGUCCGAAGCAGUCAGACAAAGUCAAUUCCGACUGUAUUGCUGCCUCUCUCCUUCUUCACCUGACGCCGUCAUCAACGGCGUAUAUGGAGAACAUAUGGGUCUGGGUCGCAGAUCACGAUCUGGACGAGAGCACGCAAGACCAAAUUGACGUCUAUGCAGCCCGUGGCAUUCUCAUUGAGAGUCAACUCGCAUGGCUGUAUGGUACUGCCUCAGAGCAUUCCACACUCUACCAGUAUCAGCUCUCCGGUGCGAGGAGGAUAGUCAUGGGAAUGAUUCAAACAGAGUCGCCGUACUACCAGCCUGUUCCUCUGGCUCCUGCUCCAUUUAAACCAGGAAAAUUCCCUCAUGAUCCCACAUUUGCCAAUUGCGACUCAGACUCUGUCUCAUGUGCUGUCUCUUGGGCUCUCCGCAUCGUUGAUUCCGCUAGUAUCUGGAUCCUGGGCAGUGGUCUCUAUAGCUGGUACUCAGACUACUCACAGACAUGUCUCAACACCAACAGCUGUCAGCAAAGGGCCUUUGAAAUCGAGCAAAGUGUCGAUCUUUGGAUUUAUAAUCUAUGCACCAGAGCGAUCGUGGAGAUGGUUACUCCUUUCCAAGGCGUCCCAACUUACGCCAAGGAUAAUCUCAAUGGUCUCCUUUCAUCAAUUCUCGUUUGGAUAGGUGGAUUAGAUAUGACCAUUGGAGAACGAAAGUUCCCUGGCUGGUCUAUCUACACAUCUGCCAACCUCGAAAAUCUUGAUCUGCCAGAUUCUUGCAGGACAUCGCUGGUCGCAACGAUCAAAUGCGAUUCUUUUGCACAAAGCAUGAUGUCCCGCUCUUGGCAUGGCUCUCUUGGCAACGACACUCUGACUGAUCUCGUCUGUGAUACUAGCUGUGGCGAGAGUUUAAGGGACUGGUUCACAUUGGUCCAACACAACUGUGCUGGGUACAAAAUCAAUGGCUCUCCCCCGGAGUUAUACGGUGGUCGGGUGUGGGCUGGUUACAACGAAACGUGCAUGAAGGACAAGAAUUCGGACAAAUACUGCAACGCUGUGAUUGAUGGCUUUACUCUGGUUCAAACCACCGAAGAGAUGCCUCAAAGCGAGAUCUGUUCUCACUGUUACACGACCCGCCUUCAGAUGAUGCAACAAACCCCCUAUUCCAUGUAUGAUGACUAUUACCAAGGGGUUUUAGAAACCAUCAACAAACGCUGUGGCCUCUCCGGACCGACCGACAUUCUCGAGAUCCCUUGGGCCACAAUCGACGAAGAACCCGACUUCUGCCUUUCAGAGAAGUACUACACAACAGUGACCGGUGACACUUGCACCUCUAUCGCAGAAGCCAACAGUAUCUCUUCUGCAUCGCUGUACAUGGGCAAUCAAAAGCAAAUUCUGAGUUGCAGUUCCAUGAAGGCGGCGCUCAAGCUUUGCCUUCCCCCAACAUGCGAAGCGACAUACUCCCUCGAACCGUCGGACAACUGCACAGCAAUUGAAACCGCCUUUUCACUUGCGAAUGGAGAUCUUCGUAAAUAUAACCCGUGGAUAUCGUUCGACUGCGACAACUUGCAGGUUGCGAGCAAAAUCUACGGCAAGAAUCUCUGUCUCUCGCCGCCCGGUGGUACGCACACAAAUGCAACCGCUGGCACGGAUUCAACUACUCCGACAAAGGCGAACGGAUAUGUCUAUAACUACGUUGCGCCGCCAUCGAAUGCCUCCUUGGCCGAGGGCACAACCCAGAAUUGUGGCCGCUGGCACGAGGCUGUGGCCAAUGAGACCUGUGUUGGGAUCUGUGGAUUGGAGAGCAUCACGCAUGGUUUGUUCGUCAUGGUCAACCCAUCUUUGAAUAGUACUCAUUGUUCAGAGAGCCUGCAGAUUGGGAAGACGUACUGUGCUGGCCCUAUAUAUACGUGGAAUGAUACGCUCACUAAUACGGGUAGUGGCGCCAGUGCAUCAUAG